UUUCUUCUUCCUUUUUGUUCCAGCUCCCAGGGAUAAUUCUCCCUGUAUGAAUAUAUAUAUAUUUCUGCCUGCCUGACUCCACCAUGUCCCGUGCCCGCCCGCCCCCUCUGGUCACGGGUAUCUCGCCCAACGAGGGCACCGCCUGGACCAAAGUCACCAUCCGGGGGGAGAACCUCGGCAUGGGCGCUGCUGACUUAAUCGGCCUGUCGAUCUGCGGCCAUAGCUGUCUGCUGACGGCCGAGUGGAUGUCCGCAAGUAAGAUAGUGUGCCGUGUGGGUCCAGCCAAGGACGACAAGGGGGAAAUCAUCGUCACAACUAAGUCCGGAGGCAACGGCACCUCCACGGUCUCCUUCAAACUCCUCAAGCCCGACAAAAUUGGUAUCCUGGACCAGUCCGCCGUGUGGGUGGACGAGAUGAACUACUACGACAUGCGCACGGACCGCAACAAAGGCAUCUCGCCGCUCUCCCUGCGACCCAGCAACCCCCUGGGCAUCGACAUCGACAAGGGUAAACUCCUUCAGACGGACAUGGAGCAGACGUUUCCGGGGAUGAGUGGGGACUUCACCAGUGAGAACUUCUCUGCCACCUGGUACCUCAUAGAGAACCACUCGGGCACCGGAUUCGACCAGUUGCGCUUAGCAGCUAACAACCUGAAGAAGCAGGCCACUAAGAAGAACGAAGGCAGUCUGGCUUAUGUCAAGGGAGGCCUCAGCACCUUCUUUGAAGCCCAGGACGCUCUGGCAGCGAUCCACCAGAAGCUGGAGUCAGACGGCACGGAGAAGGUGGAGGGAUCCAUGACCCAGCGUCUCGAAAACGUCCUCAACAGGGCGAGCGACACUGCAGACACUCUGUUCCAGGAGGUGCUGGGACGGAAGGACAAAGCGGACUCCACCCGCAACGCCCUCAACGUCCUGCAGAGGUUCAAGUUCCUUUUUAACCUGCCACUCAACAUAGAGCGCAAUAUCCAGAAGGGCGAUUACGAUGUGGUGAUCAACGACUAUGAGAAAGCCAAAUCCCUGUUUGGAAACACUGAGGUGCCCGUUUUCAAAAAAGUGUACGCUGAGGUGGAGAUGAGGAUCGGGGCUCUGAGGAGCCUGCUCUUGGAGAAGCUGUUGGAGACCCCGUCCACCCUCCACGACCAGAAGAGAUACAUCAGGUACCUGUCUGACCUCCAUGCUCCAGGGGACCCCGCCUGGCAAUGCAUCUACGCUCAGCAUAAGUGGAUCCUGCAGCUCCUGCAGAACUGCAGGGAUGAGUUCAUUACUGGCCAGAGAGUGGGUGUCGGGGCUUUGGACCUCGACGGGGAUACCCGACCCUCGGCUCUAAGGAUGAGCCACACGGCCUCGUUGAAGAGGGGGGGCAGCCUGCGUACGCCACGUCCCAGCACCUGGCGUUUUGAGACCCCUCAACAGGUGCAGUUUGUGGAGAAGCUGUCGGACGUGGUCAUCGGUCAGCUGCCUAACUUCUGGAAGCUCUGGAUCUCCUACGUCAACGGGAGCCUCUUCAGCGAGACCGGAGAGAAGUCCGGCCAAGUGGAGAGGUCCAAGAAGAAUGCCCGGCAGAGACAGAAUGAUUUUAAGAAAAUGAUAGAGGAACUGACCCACCGGCUGGUGAAGCUAGUGCGGGGGGCCCUCCUGCCGGCCACGCUUCCCCCGGGGGAGCUGGGUCUCUACGGGGGCUGGGAGAACAAGACAGAGCUCACGGGCCUCUGGGUGACGCAGGUCAUCCACACCGUCAGGUGUUGCCAUGAUGCUCUAGCCACACUGGAGAUUCCCAAUGAUCUGUUGCAGGUGAUCCAGGACCUGCUGCUGGACCUGAGAGUGCACUGCCUGCUGGUCAGCCUGCAGCACACCACCGAGGAUGUGAAGAAGCUUGCUGAGAAAGAGGAUUGGGUGGUUGAUAAUGAGGGACUCACCAGCCUGCCCGCCCAGUUUGAGCAGUGCGUGGUCCAGAUGCUACAGUCACUCACAGAGCCCAUGGAAACCAAACCUGGGGAGAUCAACGUUCUCCAGCUGGAUCUGGCCCAGGACCGUGCAUCAGAGCUGUGCGUGGUCAUCAUGAAGGCCUUCAUCAGCUGCAUGGAGCAGCUGAGUAUGAAGACGGACAGCGACAGUUCCCACACGUCGGUGGACCUCGCCUCUCCGAACACCUUCAGCAGCGCUCGGGAGGAAUUCAGUCCCACGCCGGAACAGCGUCUGCUGAUCAUCCUCAGCAACUGCCAGUACCUGGAGAAACACACCUUUAUCAACCUUGCCGAGCACUUUGAGAAGCAUGGAUUCACAGGCACAGAGAAGAUCACACGGGCCAGCAGGGAGGCGGUGCGUGACCUGGACCAGACCUUGUUUGACGCCUACAUCCAGAGGAAGUCUGACCCCAUCGUGGGCUCCCUGGAGCCCGGCAUCUACGCCGGAUACUUUGACUGGAGGGACUGCCAGCCACCUACAGGUGUGAGAAACUACCUGAAGGAAGCGCUGGUCAGCAUCAUCACCGUGCACGCUGAGGUCUUCACUAUUUCCAAGGAGCUGGUGCCAAGGAUUCUAUCCAAAAUAGUUGAAGCGGUCGCCGAAGAGAUGUGUCGUCUGAUGCACUGUGUGCCCUCUUUCAGCAAAAACGGAGCCAUGCAGGCCCGUCUGGAGCUGUGGGCACUGAGAGACGCGGUGGCCUGCUACCUGACCGCCGACAGCAAUGCAAACUUCAGGCAGGCGUUGGAGCCUCUUCCUCAGCUCCACAGCGGAGCCGACAAGAAGUCACAGGAGGAGCUCCUCAACACGUUCAAGAGUGGCAUGCAGCUACAGCUCACUUGCUUCCAGCCCUCUUCUGUUCAGCCCUUCAAGAGAUAGAACCACCAGAACAUGUCUCAACUUGCUCUGCUCCACUGAUGUGCUUACGGGCAACGAUGCUCACUAUAAUCUCUGCAAUGUAUCGAUGUACUCAGAAUAAAUCGAAAUCAAGUCACUUUAACAAA